CGUGUCGCUCGCGCUUGCAUUGCUUUUCGAAGCUCGCGCGCGAUCGGUCGCUCGCGAGGUGCGUGCGUACGUGUGCGUAGUAACUCGCAAGCAGCGCACGUAUGUGUGUGAGAGAGUGAGAAAGGAAGCAAGAGAGAGAGAGAGAGAGAAAGAGCGAUUCUACCGAUUGAUUUCCGCUCUCUCUCCCGUGAUCGAUGUUAUCGCGCAACAAGGAUCCUUCAUCGUGCGCGCGAAAAAGUGAUCGGUAUCUUGAGAUUAAUUCUCCGCGGAAAAGCGCGAGUGCCACUUCUUCGUAUUUUCGAUCAGAAAUUAUUAUGCUCGUUGAACUGUGAGAUUUCGAACGCGAAGAAGAGACAGCGAGGAAAGGCGGAAGAGGCGGUGCGAAAAGUCUACAGGCGGAAAGAUCAAAAAGGUCAUCGGAGAAAGAUGUGGCGAUCACUUCUAUGGACGCAUUUUCUGCUGCUAACCGCGCUGUUAGCACCAGUGCAGAGGGUCGCAGCGUGCAGCUGUAAGCUAGCUCACCCUCAGACCAAGUUCUGCGAAUCGGAUUUUGUUGCCGUGAUGAGAGUGAAAAAGGUUCUCUCCGUGAACGAGUACGAGAUCGCUUACAAGGUCAAGAUAAACAGGGUCUUCAAGUCCAAUCCAAAGGCCGACGUGGCACUGAUGCAGAACCUUUUAUGGACUCCGUCCUCGGACGGAAUGUGCGGCAUGACACUGAAAGUCGGCGAGACUUACGUUCUCAGCGGUAGAAUUGUCUCGGGAAAAGCACUCAUAUCGCUCUGCGGACUUUCGAUAAGAUGGGCCGAGACGACCAGCAGACAACGCAAGGGACUGAGACAGCUCUAUCAACAGGGCUGCGCGUGUGACAUUCUGUAUACACAUUGGAGGCGCAAGGGUGCCGUGUUCGAGUCCAGCGGCGGGAAGCGUUGCCUGUGGGAGAGCACACCAGGCCCGCAAGAUUGCCAAGAAAAAUACGGUGUUUGCCUGGUGGCGCCCGGUGGCUCCUGUUCCUGGGUUCCCUCGGUCCCGUAUAAAAAUUGCAUCAAGGAAUAUCAGCGCCUACGCGAGCAGCAAAGGUCACGGGAGCCGUAACUGACAUUUCCGUACCCCGUGUUUUCGUGACAGGAGGCGCAGCUAAAAUCUAUCAGUCGCAAAACGACGCGGCGCAUCUGUCAAUCAAUCCGAUCGAACGCGCCGCAGGUAAUUGAGUCACUGAGAGGCAAAGUGAUAUAGUGCUAGUUUAAUGGAACCGUAUAUUUGCAGCAUCGAAAAUGCAAAAGGCCUACACCAUUUCCAUUACUCGGAAUAUGAAUAAUUCAAUAGUUCACGAAAAAGCAUUAUUACAUGGACGAGACAAAAUUUCCGUUUCUUUCAAAGUUUUAUUAUUAACUAAUACUAAUAAUGAUUUUAAUCAUUAUUUUUCUUUUUCAGAUUUUAACAUUUUUUAAAUGAUAGGAAAUAAAUGGAACAUAUAUCGCUUUACUUUUGAGGGGUGCAAUUAUGUCGUCGACUAUUUACGAUGUGUAUUAAUCUUCAUACUAAUUUUUAUUUAGAUUUCGAUGGACUGGGCGAAAGAACGAUUCUGAUUGUAUCGAAGAGUCGGCGUAGUUUUGUAAUUGUUUAGUUAAGAUAUGGAUUCAUUUAUAUAUCAUUUGUUAAAUUAUUUGUGACUUAGGUUCGAUAGCAACAACGUCGGCUAUUUAUCCCACAAUUUUGCUAGCUUACCACUGGCUGUAAUCGUAAGCAGGGAAGUAUUAGUUAAUUACGGGCAAAUCUAACCGGCGCUGGUACAAUCGAGUCUUAAUUAUUCGAUUAUUAUUAAUGAAGAGUAAGUUUGUUAGCUUUAGGAAUUUCGAAACGCUUCAAUACCCAAUAUGCGUUUCAUAACUGAAAUAUAUAUGAGCGACCUAUUUUCUCGGCUAUUCUCUCAACAUGUUGUAUAUAUUAUAUUGUUAAUGUACAUUGUGUACUCUUAAAUUAUUCCAACUAUCGUUUCGUUAUGCGUAGUCGUAGACGUUAAAACGCUACUCGUACUUUCAUUACAUUUCGUAAUCUUUUAUGUGCGUUUUUAAGUUUAAUCAAUUCAAUUAGAUUGUAGCACCGUAUAUAUUUGUUGUUUACAGGAAUUAUUAUUCACGAUUUUGGCACUGUUUGACGAGAAAAACUUUACCGAAUAUCUCAAUAGUUUUCCACAUGAAGAUAUGUACAAGGCUUUUUGUAUUUUAUAAGAGCAUAUUUAUCAUUUAAUUCUACUUCAAUAAUUAUUUCAUGCAACAGCUGUCUCUUGUUAAUUUAGUACAAAGUACGAAGAAUAUUAAUAUAAUGGAAAAUUUGUGUGCUUUUCGAUGGGGAAGAUACGAAUUUUGUACCUAUGUCAUAGUUUAGUUCGUAAAUGUGGUAAUUUCGUAAGUGUUAUGACAUAUAUAUAGAUUAUAAA